AUGAUAACGACAAAGUUCAAUAUAACUGGGAUGACCUGUUCAGCAUGUUCAAACACCAUCACUAAAGAAAUAGAAAAAAUAAGUGGUGUAAAAUCUGCACAUGUUUCACUAUUAACGGAAGAAGCUGUAAUACAUCAUGAUGAAACAGUAACUGUUUCGCAACUCAAAAAUGCAAUUGACGAUCUCGGCUUUGAGCCAUCGUUUAUAUCUUCAAUAAUAGACGAAGCAAAAGAAUCAAGUGAGAGAAAUUAUUUGAGAACUCGUAUCCACAUCGAAGGAAUGACAUGCGCUAACUGCUCAAAUACUAUUGUCAACUCUAUCAAACAACUAGAAGGUGUUCGGAAGAUCGAUGUUUCACUAUUAGCUGGAGAAGCUACGAUCCUUCAUGGUAAGAUUUCACCAAAUAAAUUAGUUGAUGAAAUCGAGGACCUUGGUUUCGAAGCUAAACUGAUGUCAUCUGAGCAAAUUCCAGCACCUGCAAUCAAAUUGAAAACAGAAUUGACCAUUGAAGGAAUGACGUGCUCUGCUUGUGUCAAUUCAAUUACUAAUGUCCUGAAAAGCAUACAGGGCGUUGAAUUCGUUAAUGUUUCCCUAAUGACUGAAAUGGCAACCGUAAUUCAUGAUGAUUCUGUCAAAGUUGAUCUAUUGCUUGAAUCAAUUGCAGAUGCUGGUUUCGAUGCUUCUAUUAUUCAGGUCACUGAGAUGAAUGCUAGUCGAUAUCAUCCUGAUAUCGUAAAUGACAUUCUAACUUGUUGUUUACAUGUUUAUGGAAUUAAAGAUGAAGAAGAUGUAACCAAAAUCAAAAAUGCAGUCUUAGAACUAGACGGUAUUUUGGAUUGUGAUAUCAGCUCACUGUCGGCAGAGGUCAAAAUCGAAUACAAUUCAAAUGUUAUUGGUGUGAGAGCUAUUCUCAAGGUGCUAACUGAUUUGGGUUUUGAUGCUAUUAUAUCCAACAAAUUAGACACAACAUCUCAAAUAGAUCUACUUGCUAAAAUAAAGGAAGUAAAAUACUGGAGAUCUAUUUUCCUUAAACUAUUGCUCUUUGGUAUUCCAAUAAUUUUGGCUGCACGCAUUACUCCAGUUAUCAGACAACCAAAUCACUGGGGGGCUAAUUUUCUAGAAUUAAUUGACGGAGUAUAUGUUGAUAUAUUGGUACAAUGGACACUGAGUUCUUAUGUCCAAUUUAUUCUUGGCAAACAGUUUUACAUAAAUAGUUACAAAUCAUUAAAGCAUGGUAGUGGAAACAUGGAUGUCCUUAUAUGCGUUUCCACUUCAAUUGUUUACUUUUAUUCUGUUUUCAGUAUUAUGAAUGGUUUCUUUAGGAAAGUAUAUCCCAAUGUUCUCUUUGAUACAUCGGCGAUGUUGUUAAUCUUCAUUAGUUUGGGUAAAUGGGUCGAAAGUAAGGCUAAGGGUAAUACUUCUACUGCCUUAUCCAAAUUAUUGUCUUUAACUCCUACGACUUGUAUUAUUUUGGAAGAUCCUCACCUUUUCAAAACAAAUGAAAAGGGUGGAUUUGAUGCAUCUGCAGUCAAUCAAAUACAGGUAAGUGUCGAUUUAUUACAACGUGGCGAUAUUGCUGUUGUGUUGCCUGGCUCAAAGGUGCCUUCAGAUGGUGAAUGUAUAUUUGGCUCUUCGGAAAUGGAUGAGUCGUUCUUAACUGGUGAAUCUUCACCAGUUACCAAACACGUCGGCUCACCUAUGAUUGGAGGCUCGGUUAAUAUCACAUCGACUAUUUACAUGAAAGUUACUGAGGUCGGAGAACAAACUCAAUUGCAACAAAUAGUUAAGCUGGUGAAAGAUGCACAGACUUCAACCGCUCCAAUACAAAGAUUUGCGGACUACAUCGCCUCUAUUUUUGUUCCAUCUAUUUUGAUUUUUUCCUUGAUGACCUUAAUAUUUUGGAGCUGCUAUACCAAAAUUGUUUCAAUCGACAAAGUCCCCAAAAUGCUGAAAAACUUAGACGGCGAUAAGGUGGAAUUCUUUAAAAUUUUACAAAUUGCAAUCUCGGUAAUUGUAGUCGCCUGUCCAUGUGCUCUAGGCCUAGCAGCACCUACAGCUGUGAUGGUUGGUACUGGUGUCGGUGCACGUAACGGAGUUUUGAUCAAAGGAGGUGAAGUUUUGGAAAAAGCAAAUGAUAUUGAUGCUGUUAUUUUUGAUAAAACUGGUACAUUGACCAAAGGCGUAAUGGAAAUCAACUCUUUCGAGUUUUAUGGAGACUAUGAACAUAAGGAGACUUUUAUUUGGUCACUAAUAAACGCUGUUGAGUUAAACAGUGAGCAUCCUUUGGCAAAAGCUUUGGUGAAAAGUUCGUUGGACGAACUGGCGGGCAAACAGGCUUCUCAAUUUGAACUAAAAUUAGUUGAAAGCUUGAUUGGUAAAGGUAUCACGGCAGUAGUAGUUAAUCCAGCGACUGGUAAAGAUAUCAACGUCAGAAUGGGUAAUUCUAGAUUAAUGGAUGCUUUCAAAAUCGUAAAUAAAGGAAAAUACGAUGAGACCAUUGAGAAACUGGCAUUUCGUAAAAAUAUCAGCUCCUUCUGUCACAUUCUGAUUGAUGAUGCCUAUAUUGGUUACGUGGAAUUACUAGAUACAUUAAACCCAGAGUCAAAGCAUACAAUUGAAACCUUCAUUAAAUGCGGUUAUUCUGUGGGGAUAGUUACAGGUGAUGCUGCUGAGACUGCUUCAUACGUUGGGGGGUUAUUGAAUAUACCAUCUAAUAACAUCUUUGCUGAGGCGACUCCUGAAGAAAAACUAGAGUAUAUAAAGAGUUUGCAAGAAAAUAAAGGUCUAAAGGUUGCAUUUGUCGGUGACGGUAUAAAUGAUGCACCUGCCUUAGUACAAUCUGAUCUCGGUAUUGCGAUCUCGACGGGUACUGAUAUUGCAAUGAGUGCUGCUGAUAUUGUUCUACUAACUUCCUCAAAUGAUAGUGUUGGUAAUUCUCGUAUCGGUUUAUUUGGUGUAUAUGCUAGUUUGGAUAUAUCGAGGUCCACUUUCAAUACUAUCAAACUGAAUUUUCUUCUUGCAGUAAUUUACAAUAUGAUUAUGCUGCCAAUUGCCAUGGGAUUUUUGCUUAUUCCAUUUAACGUUACUAUGCAUCCAAUGUUUGCAAGUGCGGCGAUGGCAUGCUCUUCUACUUCUGUUAUUAUCAACUCACUAACUCUAAACAGAUGGAGCAUGGAAAAACUAAAGAAAAAAGUCAACGAGUCUAUUGAAUGGAAAAACACAACUAAUCUCGGUUGGAAUGACGGUAUGGCUGAUACCCGUGGUGAAGUUACAGAAUUGUCGACUGAAUCAUUUAUUGUGAAUCGAAAUUAUAAACAUAAGUCUAUUCCAAUAUUCUCACGUGUUUGGCGGAGGAUUAGAGGUGCAUUCAGAAGAAAUGACUAUGAAAGAGUUUCUGUCUCCGUAUAA